ACUCUUCUCAACGCUUCUCUUCUAUCUGAUCUGCCCAUUACCCCUUUCGGCUUUGAAACCAAGUCCCACUUCUACAAGACGGGUAAAUUAGAUUCACCAUUUCAAGAUCUCGCCAAGCUUGGAGCCCUUAUUUAUAUCGAAUACUUAACUUUUGUCGCCUCCGUCAUCGAUAAAUAAAUAGUAAACCCCAAUCGAACCGUCAAUCUGCAGUGUAUCACACAGUCCAGGCCGGCCCCGCGUGCUCCAUCUGGCUCGUCCUGAACUUUUAGCUGUCCUCCCCCUGCUUCUACAACCCCGCAAUCCGCAAUCGGCCCCUCGUCAACUGCUACGCUACUGCUACUGUACACGAGACCGCCUUCGAAAUCUCCUGUCCCGUCGCAAACCCUCCCUUUUCACUCCCCGACUUUUCUAUACACGGCGCAAAUAUACAAUCAUGUCCUCUUCUACAGCCCCAGCCGCGCAGGCCAACAGCAGCAGCUGGACCGCCUUCCUCAAGUCCAUCGCAUCCUUCAAUGGCGAUCUAUCUUCUCUCACCGCGCCUCCCUUCAUCCUGUCCUCUCAGUCCCUCACCGAAUUCUCUGCGUACUGGGCCACGCACCCUCCCGUCCUGACCGCCCCAGCUGCCGAGUCUGAUCCCGCCAAGCGUACUAUGCUCGUCCUCAAGUGGUUCCUCUCGACUCUGAAGCACCAGUACGCCAGCCGAAGUGAGCAGUUUGGAAACGAAAAGAAGCCUCUGAACCCUUUCUUGGGUGAGCUUUUCCUCGGUACCUGGUCCGACGAAGCUGGCGAGACCACCCUUGUCUCGGAGCAGGUCAGCCACCAUCCUCCUGCUACCGCCUAUUGCAUUCGCAACGACAAGACUGGUAUCGAGCUUGAGGGUUACAAUGCUCAGAAGGCCACUUUCAAGAGCACCAUCAUUGUCAAGCAGAUCGGCCACGCUGUCCUACGAGUUCCUCUUCCAUCUGGAGAGAUCGAAUCCUACCUCAUUACCCUCCCUGGUCUUCAUAUCGAGGGUCUGAUUUUUGGUGCUCCUUUUGUCGAGCUUGAUGGCUCAAGUCACAUCACUAGUUCCAGUGGCUUCACUGCCAAGAUUGACUAUAGCGGCAAGGGAUGGCUCUCAGGAAAGAAGAACACCAUCGUCGCCAGCGUUUAUCCUACGGGCAAGGAGAAGGAUGUUCUUUACAAUGUCACUGGCCAGUGGAACAAGGCCCUCGAGAUCUACUCGGGACCUGCCAAGUCUAACUCCAAGUCUACUCUUGUGAGCACCUACGACGCCGUCAACACCGCUCAAACUGAGCUCAAAGUUGCCCCCAUCGAUCAACAGCACCCUCUCGAAUCCCGACGCGCCUGGUCUCGCGUUGCUGAUGCCAUCCAGAAGGGUGACAUGGACACCACAGGUGCUGAAAAGGGCAAAAUUGAGAAUGCCCAGCGCAACAUGCGCACCAAGGAGAAGUCAGAGGGCCGAACCUGGGAUCGCCAGUACUUCACAGCUGUUGAGGGUCAAGACUCUGUCCUCGAACAGCUCGGCAAGGUCGUUGGUGUACCUACUGAUGGAGAGGCUGACAAGACUGGUGGUCUCUGGCGAUUCGACAAGACCAAGGCCGAUGCUCGCGCUGCUCAGCAGCUCUCAGAGGACGCUGUAGCCCAGAUGGAGAAGGAGCUUCUCGGUCGAUAGGCACGCCAAACAGGAUAUGAAAACAAUAGGAGAAAUAGGAACAGGAAAUGGUGAUUGUGAGCUGCAUAAUACACAAUCACCGAGAUCAUGCAGAUAAAGGUGCAAAGUUAAACCAAAAGAGGCGGGCAUGGACAUGGGUUAGAAUACACAGCGCUCGGCAAAUGUUCUCUGAUACAAGAGGCAUUCCGCGACGAACCACCGGAAAUUCAAACGGUUGGUUUGUAUAAUAAUUAACAGGCUAUAUAUGUUCUACGACUAA